AUGGCCAACAAGGCCGGCAUGGAAGAGCUGCCCAACAGAGAAGAUGCUCGAGGAAAACAUCCCUUCGCGAUACAUAACUCAGUGACAGUAUUCCUUCAAAAUGCAGCUGUGAGGAUGUCACAUAAACUGGAACACGUAACAUUGAAGAAGACACGCCAUGAGUCGAAGAAAACGAGGAAUGGGCCACCAGUUUCUAUGAGGACUUCGACCACAGUCGGGCUUCUUCUUGGGUUUCUCGACUAG